CAAUCGUCUCUUAUUUUAGACAAAAUAUUAAAAAAAAAUGUCAACUUUUGUUCUCUUAACAUUCAUUGUCGUAUGGAUUUCGGCAAUCAACGGAGAAAAUUAUUGUGAUUCGGGACUUAAUGUUCCUAAUAACUCAACAGAUCCAAACGAUUGUUGUCCAACACCCGCAUUUCUCCCAAUGGAUAUCGUUACAUACUGUCGAGACACUUAUUUGGAGAUGCAAAAAAAGAAAAAUAAUUUACCUGGAUUGCCAAGAGGAUGUUGUCUCGGAGAUUGUAUGUUAGAAAGAAUGGGCUUUAAUCCAAAAGGCGAUGGAAAUAUUGAUCUCAAAGGAUUGAAAGAGUAUAUUAUGAACAUGACAAACAACCAACCAAUAUGGGCAGAAACGAUGGCAAAAUCAAUUAAUACGUGUUAUGCAAUGGCUGAAUCAAGAGCAGAUGAAUUCAAGACAGGGUAUGAACAUAAACCAUCGUUUGAGGGAGAAAAAAUGUGUCAUCCCAUUUCCGGAAGAGUUUUGUCUUGUAUGACUAACGAACGGUUUAUAAAUUGUCCUUCAAGUGUUUGGAAAACAUCGGAAAAUUGUGUCGCUAUUAAAACUUUUGUUGAAAAAUGUGAAGUCCCCCAUAAACAAUCAUAAGUGUUUGUGCAAAAUUUAAUGGAUU